CUUUUAAUGAAACGACCGGCUCUCUGCAGUAAAUAUUUAAACUGGAAACUGGAUUCUUAAGUGAUCCCCUUCCCGACUUGAUUUUGCGUAGAUUAGUAUACUUGCAUAUUUCAAAACCCGUGGCAUGACCGGGUGACGAUAGUCAGACGGUGGAAAUAUGUAUUUCUUCUCUGAAAUUUUCUUCAGUGCCGUACUCCGUGCGAAAGUUCGAGAAAGCGAAGCUCCUGCAGCAAGUUUGCAUAAUGACAACGGUGCCGGCAGGUAUCAUGCGUAACUGGAGGAAGGUCUGGCUCGGGAUCCAGGCGAUCAAAAAGCUGUCCGCCGAGGAGCUCAUCAAGGCCGCGGAGAGCGGGAACCUCGAGGACUUCAGCCGGCUCUUCCUCGCCGAGCCCUCCCGACUUCACGUGCACGACUCGAAAGGAAGAUGCGCCGCCCACCAAGCCGCAGCUAGGAACAAAAUCAACAUCUUACAAUUCAUCAAAAAUCAUGGAGGCGACUUAAAUAUCCGCGACAAUCGAGGCAACACGCCUUUGCACAUAGCCGUGGAGCAUCAAUCAUUGGAAGCAGUCGAAUUUUUUAUGCAAUGCAAAGUAGACACGAGCAUCCUGAACAACAAGGACCAGGCGCCGCUCCACCUAGCAGUGGAGUUGAACAGGGUGGCCGUGCUGCAGGUCAUGGCCAAGCACAAGCAGCUCGUCGACACGGCCCAAGGAGGCGAGCACGGCCGCACCGCCCUUCACAUCGCCGCCAUCUUGGAUCACGACGAGUGUGCUCGCAUCUUGAUGAGCGACUUCGGGGCGAGCCCGCGGAAGCCAUGCAACAACGGCUACUACCCGAUCCACGAGGCGGCCAAGAACGCGAGCUCGCGGACGAUGGAGGUGUUCCUGCAGUGGGCCGAGAGCAGAGGCUGCACCCGGGAGGAGAUGAUCUCCUUCUACGACGCCGAGGGCAACGUCCCGCUCCACUCGGCCGUCCACAGCGGCGACUUCAAGGCGGUGGAGCUGUGCUUGACCUCUGGCGCCAAGAUCUCCACCCAGCAACACGACCUGUCAACUCCGGUGCAUCUGGCGUGCGCGCAGGGAGCCCUAGAGAUCGUCAAACUCAUGUUCAGCCUCCAGCCGGACGAGAAAAGGACCUGCCUGAAGUCCUGCGACAUCCAGAAGAUGACCCCACUCCACUGCGCAGCAAUGUUCAACAGAACCGAAAUCGUGCAGUAUCUGAUAUCUGAAGGGGCUGACAUUAACGCCCUGGACAAAGAGAAAAGAUCGCCUCUUCUGUUAGCUGCAUCGAGGGGCGGGUGGAGGACGGUGCUGUUGCUGAUAAAACUAGGAGCAGAUAUCCACCUGAAAGAUUCCAACCAGAGGAACGUUCUGCACCUGGUAGUCAUGAACGGCGGGCACCUCGAAGAAUUCGCACGUCAAGUUUGCACGGUGCAGGCCCCGGAGAGUCUGCAGCAACUCCUUAACGAAAAGGAUCAUAUCGGUUGCUCACCUCUGCACUACGCCAGCCGAGGAGGGCACAUCAGAAGUCUCGAGAACCUAAUACAUCUAGGAGCCUGCGUCAAUUUGAAAAAUAAUAAUAAUGAAAGUCCCUUGCAUUUCGCCGCAAGGUAUUUCGUUUUUUUCGUUUUUAUUCUUGAAAACUUUAAUAGUAAGAACAAGAAAAAGUCCCAAGACUCUAGUCCUCGACUUAAUACCGGGAGCGGUCCUCUUACAAGAGUCGCCUCUGUGCGUCGUUACUCAGAACUUAGGCUUGUUUUGGCGAUGUGGAAAUUACUAUACGAUGCUAUUACAGGGCAUACGCGGGUGGUUCAGUUAUUGCUGAACAAAGGUGCAUUGCUUCACCGCGAUCACAACGGCCGGAACCCGCUGCAUUUGGCCGCUAUGAGCGGCUACACUCAGACUAUGGAGCUUCUGCACUCAGUCCAUUCGCACUUGCUGGAUCAAGUAGACAAGGACGGGAAUACUGUUCUCCACCUCGCAACGAUGGAAAACAAACCAAACUCGAUAUCACUCCUACUAUCAAUGAACUGCAAACUUCUGUACAAUUUUAGCGAUCUUAGUGCAAUCGACUAUGCUAUUUAUUUCAAAUUUCCCGAGGCUGCCUUGGCGAUGGUCACGCACGAUACGAGAGGGGCAGAGGUUAUGGCAUUAAGGUCGGAUAAGCAUCCCUGCGUUACGCUGGCUCUCAUAGCAUCAAUGCCUCGAGUUUUCGAGUCAGUGCAAGAUAAAUGUAUCACGAAAGCAAAUUGCAAGAAAGACUCCAAAUGUUUUUAUAUUAAGUACAAUUUUUCCUGCCUUGAAAGUUCGCGCAUGUACGCGCAGGUAGAUCAAAAAACCGGGGAAGCGCUGACAAUCUCCAAACCGAUUCCUCUACCCGCUCUGAAUGCGAUGGUCGAGCAUGGCAGAGUAGAGCUAUUAGCACACCCACUCAGUCAGAAGUAUCUGCAGAUGAAGUGGAACUCCUAUGGGAAAUAUUUCCAUCUAACACAUCUUCUUUUGUACACUAUAUUUCUAGUUUUUAUAACGCAUUUCUCGUCCGGACUAAUGGAAAAUGACGGGGACUCAUUCAACUCUACCUCAACGUCUAAAUUUGAACCGAGCUUAGCCGUGCAGAGCAAGCCCGGUAUGUGUUUAAGUAGCGUCGCCAUUCUAUUGUACAUCGGGCUAAACCUGCUGCGGGAGGGUCUCCAGUUCUACCAACAGAAGUGGCACUACCUUUUUGAUCCGACCAACCUGGUCACGCUGCUUCUCUACGCCACAGCCGUGCUCAUGGUGGCGCCACUCAUCACCGGUAAACUUUCCGAGCUUCAAAUAGCUUGCGCGGCAAUCACAGUUUUCCUCAGCUGGUUCCUACUUUUACUCAACUUGCAGAGGUUCGACCAAGUUGGAAUCUACGUAGUAAUGUUCCUAGAAAUUCUUCAAACCUUAAUCAAAGUACUGUUAGUAUUUUCUAUUCUAAUUGCAGCAUUUGGACUUGCUUUUUUCAUACUUUUGUCGAGGGGUGAGCACUUGUCGUUCAGCACGGUGCCGAUAUCGCUGAUGCGGACGUUCGCGAUGAUGCUGGGCGAGAUCGAUUUUCUGGGGACGUACGUGCAGCCGUUCUUCUUGCCGGACGUGGAGCGGAGGAGCAUCCCGUUCCCGAUUCCGGCCUUCCUCAUCCUCGGCAUCUUCAUGAUCCUCAUGCCGAUCCUCCUCAUGAACCUCCUCAUCGGUCUCGCUGUCGGAGACAUCGAGUCCGUCAGGAGGAACGCUCAGCUCAAGCGCCUCGCCAUGCAGGUCGUUCUGCAUACAGAGCUUGAGCGGAAACUUCCACAUGUAAUUCUCGACAAAGUUGACAAAAGAGAACUAAUCGAAUACCCGAACGACAUGAAGAGCACAAAAUUGGGCUUCAUUGAUUCACUCAUUCGGAAAUGGUUCUGCAACCCUUUCUCAGAUGAUGGAUUAGACAUGGUGCUGGAAAACGGCGAGGACUUCGUGACUCAAGAGCUGAUUAAAAUGAAACGCAAUAUGAAAUCUAUGAUGACUACUAUGGAAGCUCAACAUCAAUUUCUUCGUUUGAUUGUCCAGAAAAUGGAAAUUAAAACGGAAGCAGACGAGGUGGACGAAGGCGUCUCGCCGAAGGACCUCCAAUCUCUGUCCGGGGUCAACGCGACGAGGCUGCCCUCCCCGAGAGCCCGGCAGAAGCUGAGGAACUGCCGAUGCUCGGCCAAGUCCAUCCAGACCUCGAGCCGUUAGUCCUUUCUCCGAUGACGGAGAAUCUUACACAACGAGAAUGGGGCCAUUACUUGAACUGUUACGCGGCAGAGAACUACUAUUUCCGGCCCAUCCGGAAAAGUACCUAUCUCCGCGGGAGAUUAAAUGGCACCUUUGUUUUUUUUCUGAAAUGAGCCAGAAAUAGUAGUUUUCAUUGCAUAAUGUAGUCUACUUCUUUGCCAUAGCUGUAAAAAAUGUCUGAUUUGACUUUCAACCAAAGUACAACCUUUCCAGUGGCGUGGCGUACUUCGCGAUAUAUAGAUUGUUAUGCCUUUUAAACCUAUGGAAAAGGAUCGAUAA